GAAUGCGGUCAUAAUGCAAAUUCGUUGGACGGCAGUUCGGUUUCUCCUGCUUCUAAUGGUGGCAGUCAUACGGGCCAACAUGGACGGAUCCGGAAGUUGCGGGCCCUACGAGUGCCGUCUGAGCAACCAGAUCUGCCGUUGCGAGUCCUUCUGCCAGGAGUUCAGUCAGCGGUGCUGGAAAAACCCAUCCGGAUGCCAUUGUGCGAGGGGAUAUGCCCGUGACGAACGAGGACACUGUGUGCCCCUCAUUUUGUGCCCCUGAUUAACCAUCAAAUGUCACUACUACUCAAAUAUCAACUUAAAAUUUAUAUGUAAACUAACAAACAAUUGCAUAGAAAUAAUCAGCAUGCAAAAUAAA